GAGGGCGCUGUGAAAACGAACGGCGCGGAUAUACGGAUUUCAUUCUUCAAAGACAAAAUUUUGCAGAAGUCCCGUCGAGUUGGUGAUUUAUCUCAACAUAACGUUCAGUCACAAUCCAGAUGGCUGAUUCAGAUUCCCCACAAGAGGGCGCUAAGGGGAGCGGACCCUCGGUGAGAAGAAAACAAACCGAGAAACCUUCGUCUGUAGCUCCUAAAGGCACAGAGAAACCCAAGUCAGCGCAGCAGAAUGGAAGUAGACGUGGAAAGAAAUCAACGAAAGCUGCCAGAAGCGAGCAGAGAGCAGCUCUCCGGGCGGCUAAGAAGAAAGGAAAAGAAAGAGAGGAACAAGGAGAUGGUGAUAUCGAUGUUUAUAUGGCUGAUUUGGUACUAGAUGAUUCCCCUCCACCAAGACCUACUGGUACUGGUCUGGUGUAUGAUGACAGGUUCAAGGAACACUAUUGCCCCAUUGGAAGUGAGCAUGGGAAGAGUGAAUGUCCAGAGAGAUUAGCAGCAUGCAUGGAGAAGCUACAAGCUGGAGGGUUGGUGGAUAGAUGUACACGAGUAUCGGCCCGUCCUGCCUCAGAUGAGGAAAUACUGAGUUUGCACAGCCAAGAGUACUUAGAUACUCUGAAGAGAUCUGGUACUUUAUCACCGGAUGAGCUCAAGGAGCUUGCUCAGAGUUACGACUCUGUCUUUCUAUGUAACGAGAGUUUUGAGAUUGCUCGGCUGGCUGUUGGUGGACUCCUAGAACUGACAGAGAAAGUGGUGAAAGGAGAGCUCAGGAAUGGAUUUGCAUUUAUCAGACCUUGUGGGCACCAUAGCCAGCGGGAUAUUGCCAAUGGAUAUUCUCUUGUCAACAAUAUUGCUUUGACCGCUAAAAUAGCUCGGACCAAGUUGAACGUUGAAAGAAUCCUGAUUGUUGAUUGGGAUGUCCAUCAUGGUCAAGGGAUCCAGUAUCUUACUCAAGAUGAUCCAAGUAUCAUGUACUUCUCCAUGCAUCGUUAUGAGAACACCAGCUUCUGGCCUCACCUAGAGGCAUCUAACUAUGAUCAUAUUGGAGAAGGUGCUGGAAAGGGGUACAAUGUCAAUGUGCCAUGGAACAAGAUUGGAAUGGGUGAUGCGGAAUACCUUACUGUCUUUCAACAGCUGCUUCUACCUCUGGCGUAUGAGUUCAACCCUCAGCUGGUCCUUGUGUCUGCUGGGUUUGAUGCGGCUGAAGGAGAUCCUAAGGGUGAGAUGUGCAUAAGUCCUGAUGGUUUUGCUCACAUGACACACCACCUGAUGGGGUUAGCACAGGGCAAGGUGGUGUUGGGUUUAGAAGGUGGAUACAGCUUAGAAGCCCUGGGCAAGUCAGCUGCCAUGUGCACUAAGACGCUUCUUGGAGAUCUACCCAAUCCUCUAUCGCAAAUCAAACACGUCUCUGAUAAUGCAUUGGAAACCAUACACAAUGUGACCAAGGCCCUAAAGCCCUACUGGAAGUGCUUUCAAUGUGAUGUAAACAUAGCAUGUAAAGAGGAACCCAUCCAGAGUGAAGACGUGAGCAGUACGACCCCAGAUGUACCUCCUCCUCCUUGGGAUGAUGCAGCAGGGAAGGCUGGUGUAGGUGAGGUCACCGGUAGACUCCUCAAGGAACUCAUGUUGUCAUCGCCUCCUAACAGGACUGGAUUUGUUUAUGAUGAACGAAUGAAACUACACAGAACCUUCGAUCACCCUGAACGGCCUGAGAGAAUAGCUAGGAUAUACAGCAAACAUCAAGAACAUGGACUGAUAGAUAGAUGUAUCAAACUAGAGACAAGGGAAGCUACAGCUGAAGAAUUGGAAACUUGCCAUUUAGCUGACAUGAUUGGAGAUAUCAAAGAGACCAGCAAGCACACAGCCAGAGAGCUGAUUGAUAUCCAGGAUAAGUUUAAUUCUACUCGGUAUAGCAGAGACAUCUAUGUUCAUCCAGAUACCUACCUGAGUGCAUCGGUGGCUGCAGGGUGUACUCUCAACCUUGUAGAUGCUGUGCUUUCAAACCAGGUCUUGAAUGCAGUUGGAAUUGUAAGACCACCAGGCCAUCAUGCUGAUAGUAAACUGGCGUCUGGAUUCUGCUUCUUCAACAAUGUUGCUAUCGCUUCAAAAUAUGCUCAGAACAAGUAUGGUGUCAAAAGAGUUUUAAUUGUUGACUGGGAUGUUCAUCAUGGUAACGGAACUCAGAGACUCUUUGAGAGUGACCCCUCGGUGCUCUACAUAUCACUUCAUCGGCAUGAGAAUGGUAUGUACUUUCCUAUGGGACCAGAGGGGGCGGUAGAUCAAGUAGGAAAAGGUGACGGACAGGGCUACAAUGUCAACAUUGGCUGGAAUACAGGUAACAAGGGCUUAAUGGGAGAUGCUGAAUACCUAGCUGCCUUUCAUCAUAUCAUCAUGCCUCUAGCAUACCAGUUCAACCCAGAGUUAGUCUUCAUUUCAGCUGGUUUUGAUGCUGCUAAGGGAGACCCACUAGGGAAUUGCUUGGUAUCGCCGGAAGGCUAUGGUCACAUGACCCACAUGCUUAGCAGUAUAGCUGGAGGGCGUGUCAUCACUGUGUUAGAGGGAGGGUACAACUUGAACUCCAUAGCUGUGUCCAUGGCGAUGUGUACCCGCAUCAUGCUGGGUGACCCAUGUCCCGACCUUUCACCUGGUAUCCCAUCAAGCUGUGGGAUGCAAGCAAUCUACGAUGCUGCCAAGGCUCAUGAGAAGUUUUGGUCAUCCAUGAAAGAUCAAGUUGGUUUCUUAGAGACGAUGAUUUUUAAAGAAGAUGAAAGUAGCACUGAAGAUAAUGAUACAAUUCAAACAGACUCUACCUCUUCUUCAAAUGCUGCACCAAGGGAUGCAGUGACAUCAGAGCCGUCAGUUCCAGAGAGAGUUGAUGAGGUUUCAUCUACCAAAGCAGAAGCCUCAUCAGCUGCAGGUGACGGUGACGGUGAAGAUGGGCUCAAGGAUAUCCUGGAAGGAAUGUCAGGGAUGAAUCUUCAGCAGCCAAGAGAGGCAUCUGUCACCACAGGAGGAGCAGGAGCAGGUGCCAAGGAAGAUGCUGUGCAAACACAAGAUGAUGUCCCUGAGGAUGAAGCUCUAGGAGCCUGUGGUGUAUCAGGUGAAACAACUACACCAGGAGCAGAAGAUCAACUCUUUGGUAGCCUUCAGGAGACAUUCGGUCCUCAGGUUGAGAUGCAUGCCGUGAUCCCUCAGCCAUGGUGCCCUCAUCUGGACUCGGACGUAGGACCCUUGCCCUCCACCGGUCUAGACGUGUCGUUGCCCUGCAAGGAUUGUGGUGAUACGAGAGAGAACUGGGUGUGUCUUCAUUGUUACCAGGUCUACUGUGGACGCUAUGUCAAUGAGCACAUGUUAAUGCAUGGGUUGGAGUCUAGUCAUCUCAUGGUGCUUAGCUAUGCUGACUUGUCUGCUUGGUGCUAUGGAUGUGAUGCGUAUAUACAUAAUGAGAUUCUCAUACCAGCAAAGAGAGCAGCACAUCUCAGCAAGUUUGGUACUCCUGGAGUGUAGGGUUAUAAAGAGGAAGCUUUCUGAGGCUCUAAAAUGCUAAUUUUUUCUCUUUCAAUUUAAAUGCUGCACUUGAUGUAAUGUCCAACUAUAGAUCAUCUAUCGACCUAUCUUCUUACCAUAGCUUACAGAGCCAGUCAAAUCCCCAUCACCCAAAGAUCUUCCAUUUUGAAGGUCAAAUUUUUUACCCUCUUCAGUAAAUAAAGGCGUUUGCUCACAAUAUGAAUAUGAUACUCGAGUUAGCAUGAAGCAUUCAUUGUAUAAAUAUUGUGUAGUUGUAGGCUUAUUAGAAAAUGCAGUGUGUAGUAACAAAUGCAGAAUGGAAUGAAAUGUUGAGAUUGUAGUCAAUGUGUUUUAGAUUUUCUUGAAAUAUUGUGUGCUUAUUGAGACUCAAAUGUCGACAGUGGGGCAAAGCCUAAUCCAUAGUAUUUAAACACAGCUACAAGUGCCAUUUUCUUAUCUAAAUAUGUGUUAAUACAUGUAUGAUUAAUGUUCAUACUGUUAUAAAUAUGUCUGGGGAUCAGGAAAACUCUUGUAAGGACUAUACCGGUAGUUCCUUGAAAGAGUGCUUUAUAGGGAUUAGUACCGAUUUGA